AUGAAGACCCUGAAACCAGCGACCAAGCCGAGUGGCAACGCAAAGACGACGUCCAAACCCAGACGGAGAACUUCUCGAGGCAGGACUUCGAGAGCGUGUGAUCGAUGCAGACUCAAGAAGGCCAAGUGCGAUGGAGACCAGGCAUGCAAGCUCUGCCGGGCAACCGACAGCGAGUGUGUAUAUUCGGCCAGAAGACGAGAGGCCAGAAAUUAUUACUAUCAAAUGCGAGAAGUCACCGAUCUUGCUCUGCAGAAACUAUAUUGGGCCUGUCGACGAAGGACUGGCUUUCCAGGAGACAUACCCGACGAGUCGAAUGGAGAGGUCUCGACAAUUGACAUUUUGAAGGGACUGGGCCUAUGGAGGCCAAGCCUCGAUGAAUCCAACUUUCCCGGCGAGGUGGAACAAGCGGCACACACCUUCCACAACAAAGGGCGUGGGCAGAGACGACUGCAGGCAAUUAUUGCGCGCGACGAGCUGGAAGAAGUUGAGAAGCAAUCAGAUGCAUCGACCGGUUCGUCGCCCAGCAGCCCUCGAACGUCCAACGCUGGGGUGGCUGUAACAAGAACGAAUACCACCGGCAACAGCACGAACACCAGCCUGCCAUUGGAACUAGAAUCCGAGGUUCCGACGCUGUGCGAGGACAUGGACAUGAAGAGGCAAUUCGAGAUUGCUUCGUCGCUGUCGCCCGCACCCAGGUCCGCGAACCAUUCCAGUAAGAGGGCGUUUUCCCACGACGAACAGCCUUUCCUUCGAGAGACCCUCAUGGAGCCGCAACUGGACGUUGAUGCCUUUGUCGACAUGAGUCUGUGCACGUCGCCGGUACCGCAGUCAAGCCCUCCAUUUUACGGCCAAUCGAUGACCUUCAGCAUGCCGGCCUUGAGCACCCUGCCUGCCAUGGCGACCCUGCCUCAGUUCCCCUACGGACAGUCCCCACACCAACCUUCACGCGACGCCCUCUUCGAUAGCUAUUUGUCGGUGUGGCCUGGGUCUACGGUGGCCGCCCAUCGAGCGGCGCCAACCGGGUGA